UCAUAAUGUGAAGCGACUGAACAAGUUCUUGAGUUGAAGAAAAUUUUGUUUCUCUUGGAUUAUAUCCGUUUUCAAAUCUUCCGCUUCGGUCAGCAUUGCGUGGUGUCUGGUUCUUUUUUUCUGCCCGAGUCUGGCCCGCUUCUCUUCAGACUUACCGAGAGACGAGUUGAUGUCCAGGCUUUGUUUCUACCCGACAUGUCAUGUUCAUCUUCCAGAAGAACCAUUUCUAGCUUGCGUCCCUCCCUCUGCUCGUUACAGCAACGCCUCCAUGGGGUCGUGCUUCUUCUGCAACAAACUUUAACUUGCUCGCAUGCCAUACGGCAAUAGGGAGUAGAAGGCACGCGACGUGUAGCUGCACCGAGUCGUAAGGUGGAACUACCGGUCGGGGUUACUAGCAAAAAAGAGAGGUAGCCUCGAUAGCAGCUCACAAUGUCCAGCGAAGAUAGCGACGAGGAUGAGAACGAGAACCAAGAUCAGGGCGCACCCCUCCCGGAUUUGUCCGACCCAGAUUUCGCUCAAUUCGUCCAGUACCUCGGCUGUGACGAGGAAACACUCCAACAAGACGAUGACUUUACCCAGGGCACGUUGCUCCGCAUCAUGCAGGAGGCCUACAUCGCACCACUGCCGCCCAACUGGGCAGAAUUUUCCGACCCGGAAGGCAGAAUAUACUUCUACAACUACGCAACGGAGCAGUCCAGCUGGGCACACCCAACGGACAGGACGUACCGGGAGCUGAUACAGGUACAAUUUGUUCCGAUAGAGAUUAAGAUGUUGAAAUUUUUGAUUGCCAUGCUGUUCUCAAAACCAUUUGUAGAAGUCAAAGUUGACGUGCAAAUCAUGCAAAACAAGAUGGUGAUCAAUGAUCAUGCAAAACAAGAUGAAGAUGGUGAUAAUCGAUACAAAACCUGCCAGAUGGUGAAGAAAGUUCGUUCGGUCCCCGGCCCGGGCGUUCCGAAAGACGAAAUCUCUCGCAUUAUCGACGUCCACUUACAAGGAGUCCACCAGCGAGCAUUGGAAGCAAUAGCCGGGUUUUCGGGGCCGUACCAGAGUGAGGACGGCGGCCAUGAGUACUACUACAACGAAAUCACGAAGGUCAGCACCUGGGAAUCACCGGUGACCGAGUGGGAGCACAACAUUAGCACGAGGUACAUAAUGAAACUGAUGAAGAUUUGCUCUUUUUGUGGUCUCGAUGCACAAGGAUAUUCUUGCAAAUGCAACUUCCGCAUUGCAAAACGAGUUUCAAACGUUAGGACUGCGUGUGCGUGACAAAGAAAUAUUAGAUUCUGCAAAACAACUACAACAGGUAUCAUGUGUUGUACCGUUGUCUCCUCGAGCCCCUUGAACGUGCAGAAACGGACCAGCUCCAGGCAGAUGCAAACAGCAGCGAAGGCGGCUAUCCAUUGCAAAAGUAUCCUGUUCGUGCUACGUAGAAAUCGCACGACAAAUUUUUGCAAAUAAUAGAACAAGGGAAUUUGUCAUGCAGAUUCGACAUCUCCUGUAGGCAUCCAGGUUUAGAUUACAAUACGUACCAGCGCGUCGAUACUUAUUUUCCACUGGAUAGCGACACACCAUCAGCGAGUUCAAAACCGAAUUCCGUGAUACCACCAAAACUGCAAUUACCCCUCCAUCUCGUCUCUGGCGGCGGCGGAUCUUCUAGCAGCACCGGCGGUGCCUCUAGUUCUUCUUCUUUGACAAAAUCAGCAUCCAUCUCCACCACUGGCAGCUCCCUUCUCGCUAUCCCACGAAAUAAAAAGUGUAUACAGUCACACAGUUGUAGUCAAUUCAGCAACACAAAUUUCUCUCCAUGAGAGAGAAAACUUGUAAUGCAGAAAUCCUACGGAAAAAAACGAGGCUCCUAUGCAUAUCCGGCAUGGCAGAGCUUGUCUGUCUUGCUUGGCCUGCAACACAAUGUGUGAAAACUGUAACACUUUUUUCUUGCGAUACCCGCCCCACCCACGCCCUCCACGACGAGGAGUUAUCACACGGCGCGGUCACAGGGCUCCGCGCGGAACAGCUAUGCAAGAAAAAAACGGUGUAAGUGUAAGUCUGUGAUGCAGAAAAUGCAAAACAGUAUACCCUUGUCAUGCUCCACAUGCAUGGUUGGCUCGCUUCCUACGUGUUUUCCCGUUCUCUCUGCGCAUGACAAGUUUUUUCUCUCAUAGCAGACAAACUUGUGAUGCUGUUUUCCUAAAAAACCUACACUAACGCACUCUUUCUCUUGGAUAAGAGCUCCGCCCGGGCGAAUAAAGUGGGGAGGAGAAGUAGGGAAGUAGCGGGAGGAGGGACAACGGGGAAUUUACUACAGCCAAAGCCGCCCGAACCGGAUGACACGAGUGAAGAGGAGGACGAACCGUUCAACUUCACGUUUGGGUCAGGAGCGAUCGUGUCGAUAUCAAAUGUAAAAAUGUCUGGGUCUGGAAGAGUCAUGCUGUUUCUGCAUGACACAGAAGGUCUGGCAUGGAAGCUCUAGCAUCACAGGUUUCGAGAAGCUUCCGCAAUGCCGAAUCCCCAUGACAAAUCCCCCACUUUGGUGACAGAAAGUGAGCAGCUUUUGCUGCCUAUGCAUCAGAGAUUUUUGUGUGUUCUGAAAUGCGCAUCACGACAAGUUACAUCCUUCCAGACCCAGACACUUUUGCAUUUGAUAGUCGAAGACCUAAAACGAUUUUCGAGAUGUUCGAAAAAAUGAAUGCAGAACGGGUGCUGGUUAUGCGGAAUAAAGCGAGAGGAGCAAAUAAGAGCAGAUGCUGCAGAUGUUGCAAUUUUUACGUUUAUCAACUUUUAUCAACACACCGAACACAAAGUAGAUUUUCAUAGCUGACGAGAAACGAAACUGUCUGACACGACAUUGACAUGAUCCGAGGUAGUAGAUCGUAGAAGCUGUCUCAGGGGAUUGUCACGACACCACGCCGCGUUUGCAGCCUUUGUACAAACUGACGCAGUCCGAAAUACUUUUCCUCGUCGUCAAUGCCACUGUUGAUUUUUUGUCUUGAUAAGUUUUCCCGAGCUGCCACGGCUGGAGGCACCGAUUAAGGGCUAAAAACGAAAACCUAGAAAAGAAAAUGAAUUGCCG